ACUGAGGAGCCUUAGGGCCCUUCCAAGGAAAUACAACAAAUCUUCCCUCUCUCUCUCCAUUUCUUUCCUUUUCCUUUCAUUUCCUCUCUCCCUCUAGAGUCAAGGGGAAAAAAAAAAAAGAAAGAUAAAAAUUGCGGUCUCCCUCUAGAGCGCUGGCAGUCUGGUCUAGUGGUAGACCGGUAGUAGUUCCAAAUGCCGACAUCUUCUAGAAGGUCCAGCGGGCCGGUGUUGCCUAUAGCGUUGGCGUUUCAGCGCUCCGUGUCUCCGUCUGGCCGGUUUUAUUCCCCGCCCACCGCCUCCGACAUGUCAUCCUUUUCUUCAUCCACCUCGUCCAGCUUUUGCUCCUCCACUUCAUCCAGCUUCUUCCACCGAUCGGCGUCUCCCACGCGCGUUAACCUCCACGGACUGGCUCCGAUUUCUCCGACGCCGUCGGUACGGAUGUCCAUCGACAGAUCCAUCUCGCCUCGCCGGUCCGUGGCGAUGUCGUCACCUCGGGACCACCACCACCACCAGGUGGUUCGCAAGCAGAGCAGCUGCAAGAGAACCUGCUUGUGUUCUCCCACCAGCCACCCAGGUUCCUUCAGGUGUAGUUUGCACAAGAACUUAAACAAGGCGCCGCCGCCGCAGCAGCAGUCGCCGUCCUACUCGUUGAAGAAUCUGACCAUUCAGAGAUCGGCGAUGAAGAAUUCGCUCGUCCGGAUCGGGACAGUUGAAGGCGAUUUGGUAAAGCGAGCUUUAGCGGCUCUGAUUAGGCCUUCGUCGCAUCAGAUUCGCCGCCGCAGCGAUUUCCAGAGAAGGCCGAGCCGGCUCUCAGCCAUGUCCAAAGCCGGAGAUCCGUAGACACAGGUUGGUCUGACAAUUUUUGAUAUUAUCCGAUAAUUUUUGUCUGCCAGCGUUUUCCGGCGAAGAUGUCGGUGCCGAUCAAGAUAGACGAGAAACCGGCGGUCGUUUUCUGUACUCCGGCGAUUCGAAGUACCAAAGGAAACAGAUAGUAGCAGAGUUUUGAAACAGGGAGGGGACCCCAAGUGAAAGUGAAAUCUAUCACUUCCUUGUACAUAGUGAAUUGCUUGGAGCUCUAUGAUUGCUAGUAUUGCAAUUGUUUGGAGGACAUUUUCGGACAAAAGAUUGAACACAUUACAUUGAAUUGGCCAACUAAUGCUAAAAUAUUACUCUGACAAUAACAAUAAUAAUUAUAAUAAUGGGUAAAAAAAAAAGGGCUGGUGAAGUUGUAUCGUUCGUCAUUUGAACUCAAAUCAAUUCGUCCGGAUGAACUGUGUGUGCGUAUGUUGUUGUCCAUGAACUGUGCGUUCUCGGCGCCGGGAUCUCCGUUCAGUUCACCGUUACGUGUUCAUAUUUUCCGUUCCGUUCAGCCGUGCAAGGUACGUUCGUUCAGCAUUACGUAUUUUUUUUUAUCUACUCCUAUUUUGUACGUACUAGUACUUAUUAUUUAUUUUUGUUAUACUAGUACUGCUAUGCUGUUUUUGUUGGUUGUGUAUUUGACAGGCGUAUGGCAUCAUGAGCUCAUCCUAGGUGGGGAACGGACUUCAAAACACUUUUUUGGACUAAUAGAUAGUAAUAGAAGAUAACGUCUUGACAUUGGAUGCUGGCUGGCAAUAUGAAAUUUUGGACCUUGAAACUAGCACUUACCCCACCUAGGGAUCGUUGCUUGGAGCUUAUUCCUAUGGACAUUUUUUUAAAAGAAAAAA